AUGGUGUUGUUCCACCUUGGUUUUCCAUGGAAAACCUGUGGAAACAUCGCUAGAGGCAUUCCAAACUUUGUAGAGGAAGAAGAAGUGAAAAAAGAUGGAAGAAAAGUAAAACCCAUGCAGGCGGACCGCAGCUCCCACCCUCCAUCGUUUCUCACACUCAACCGCCCCCCUCCAUCGUUUCAAUCAAUCGGAAUUAAGGUUGAUAUAGUGAACAUAUGUGAAAAGUGGGCCGCAGGUCCUGGGGGAUUUUACAUGUACAAAAGUGAUGAAGAUCGUCGACGACAAAUGUGUUUUGGUCGAAACUGGGAGCCGGAAACAGGGUAUAGGAACUGUUACAGAAGUAAUGGUUUUAAACCACCACCGGUUCCACAUGAAUUUAUCUCAUUGGCGGAAGCUGCAAUUAAAGAUGCUCAACUCUAUCUGGAUUAUCUUCCUUCAAUGUACCCCGAUACUUGUUUAGUCAGUUUCUAUGAAACCAAUGGUCGACUUGGCCUUCAUCAGGAUUGUGAUGAGAGCUCAGAUUCUCUAAGAAGAGGAUUGCCUGUGGUUUCCAUCUCCAUUGGCACUUCUGCAAUAUUUGUGUAUGGCCGUACUAAACGUAAAAGAAAGCUGAAAAGUGUUUGCUUGGAUUCAGGUUUAACGAAGUUUAAGGAGCUUUUCGAGAGCUUUACGGGUCAACGGAUCGAAAACUGGAGCACCGGGAUGCGUUACGGGUCAACCGGGAGUGUCGGGAACGAAAAACGGAGAUCUUGCAAACGAGAGCCCGUCGCCGACGGGGUCCUAGCCGUCGGCGACGCCCUCCAGAAACAACCGUCGGCACAAAAAUCCCGUAACCAGACACAUUAG